ACGGGAACUCGUAAGUCAUAGUAUCGGCCAAACGGGUGCCAUGAACUCCAAAUGUGAGAGGAUGAUUGGUUCAAGGGGUUGACAAGGUAGAUUGAUUACGCCUCUUUGUUUCAGCCUGCUCCUGUAGUGGACCAACAUUUCAGUCUCUUUCGGGCGCUUCUGCUAUUUUCUUGUAUAGCAUCAACUCGCAUCUUCAGCUUUAACUUAAUUCAUUAUCGAUUACAGCUUUCUAAUCUGCCAAGCCAUGGCAACUCAUACUAAAGGGAUUGCUAUUGUGAUUAUGGGUGUCAGUGGUGCUGGGAAAUCGACCAUAGGCAAGAUGUUAGCAGAAGCCAUAAAUUGUAGCUUUCUUGAUGCUGAUGACUACCAUUCACAAUCAAACAAAGAAAAGAUGAAGAAAGGGAUUCCUUUAUCAGAAGAAGACCGGAUACCAUGGCUUGAAACUCUACGAGAUUGCCUCAGAACAAGCCUAGUCGGCGGAAAAAGCGUGGUACUCGGGUGUUCUGCGCUGCAAAAGCAUUACAGAGAUAUUUUAAGAUCUGCUGAUCCAAAUUACAGACCAAGUUGCUAUGCUUGUGCUGUAAAGUUUAUUCUGUUGAAUGUUCAGGCUGACGUGCUUGCUGCUCGAUUAGAGAAAAGAGCAGCAGAGGGUAAGCAUUUCAUGCCGCUUAAGCUCUUGCAAUCUCAACUAGAUUUGCUUCAGAUUGACAGUUCAGAGGGAAUAUAUGAAGUUGAUGCUACACAGAGUCCCGAGACCAUUGUCAAAUAUGCAUUAGCAUUGAUUUUCUGAUCUAAGAAGGCCACUUUUGUAUUGUUUACUCGAAACAAAAACAUCAAAUAUAUAUAUAUAUAUGUCCGUUUAACUUCAAUGUUAUUAACAUUAACAAUAAGAA